AUUCUUUUAAAUUACACCACAAUGGUGUCUAAAACAAAAAAUUUCACUUCCAAAAUGAGCAACUGCAACAUUCUUUACUUAGAACUACAAUUUUUCGUACUACUUUGCAGCUUUUCUCUAAGGUGCAACGCGGUGCAGAGUGACAUCGAUUGCUUGAUGUCGAUAAAAGAAUGGUUGGAAGAUCCCUUGAAGAUGUUGAAUAGUACUUGGAAGUUCGAUAAUCAGACAGAAGGUUUCGUAUGCAGAUUUACAGGAAUACAAUGCUGGCAUCCUGAAGAAGACAAAGUUUUAUCCAUUAGUCUUUCAGACAUGGGACUUAAAGGUAAGUUUCCGCGAGGCAUAAAAAACUGCACUUCUUUAACUAAUCUAGAUCUUUCAAGAAACGAGCUAUAUGGUACCCUCCCUUCGGAUAUAUCAAAACUAAUUGGAUUUACUGUAAUGGUUGAUCUCUCGAGCAACCAAUUUUCAGGCGUGAUCCCAAGUAACAUUGCAAAUUGCACUUUUCUUAAUUCCCUCAAAUUAGACCACAAUAAACUAGAAGGCCCGAUCCCACCAGAAAUUGGCUCGUUAGGUCGACUCAAGACGUUUAAUGUUGCCAACAACAUGUUGACAGGGCCAGUGCCAAGGUUUAUCAAUGGCACUUUUCCAACUGAAAUUUAUGCAAAUAAUACAGGACUUUGUGGUCCUCCUCUGAAAUUAUGUGUUGUAGAACGCGUAGUGAACCAUCAUGUACAGUUUGUUUGCGGUUUUGUGACAGGCUGGUCGCUUUUUACUUUACUUGGUAUAUAUCUUUUUUUCUUUGGUUUACCUGGUGUAAAGAAGAUGCUUCUAUUGAUCAAGAAGAGAACAAAGGUAAUGAUGAUUGAUGGAAAUGAAUGGCCUCAAGGAGAAGAAGUAAACAAUGGCCCAAAGAUUCUAAAGCUGGAGAAGAUUGUUACAAGAAUGAGUUUUAUGGAACUAUCAAAAGCGACUUCGAAUUUCAGUCAAGACAAUGAAAUUGGGAAUGGAAUGAUGGGGAAAGUGUACAAAGCACUGGUCCCAAAUGGAUUUACAGUUGCCAUAAAGAGGCUACAUGUUUCAGAGGAUUUGGAGGAAGAGUUUGUUUCCGAGAUCACAACUCUAGGUAGUUUGAGGCAUCCGAAUUUGGUAUCUUUAAUCGGCUUUUGUUCUGAGAGGGACGAGCGACUUCUGGUUUACAAAUACAUGCCUAAUGGAAACUUACAUGAGUGGCUUCAUUCAACCGACGACAAGGCAAGACUCUUGGACUUUACUCUAAGGCUUAAAAUUAUCGUUGGUGUCGCGAAAGCCCUGGAUUGGCUUCAUGAUGGUCCAAUUAUCCAUGUUGUGCAUAGUAACAUUAGCACACAAUGUAUCUUGCUCGAUGAAAAUUUCGAUCCCAAGUUAUCCAAUUUUUGGGAGGCAACACUCGCAAAAACAAAUGACAUAGAUUCAAACUUGAGUCUACUGCCAAUAUUUGAGUCUUUAGACUUUACAACAUACAAAAAAGAUGUCUAUCGAUUCGGGGUUGUGCUUCUCGAGCUUUUAACGGGGAAAGAAUCUUACGAAUUGAGCUGCUCGAGUCUAAAUUUAUCCAGCAGUUCUUUUGCUAGUCCUCUUGAUGUGGAUAAACUAUUGUUAGGCCAAGGAUAUGAUAAUAUGGUAAUGCAACUACUUGAACUUGCAAGUAACUGCAUGAAAUUCAUUCCGGAUCAAAGGCCAACAAUGCAACAAGUUUAUCAGACUGUUACUGCGAUUGCUCGAGUCCAUGACCAAACAGGGGACCCUGAAAAACAGUUGCACUUGAUCUAGAAGCAGGGGCGGAGCCACCAAAGGUACAAGUAGCUUUGGCUUAAACCACGUGUUUGUGUUGAAGAACCAUUUCAUAUGUAUAAAUAAUCUAUCCAGACUCAUCAGCUAAAAAUUCUGGCUCCGCCUCUGACUAGAAUCAUUAGCUUGGAACUUAUUUUCUAUGGUUUCUUCGUUUAGCAAGAAAUGUAUGUCUUCCUGAAUUGUUGUUUUCUAGAAUACAAUAACUAUACCUCAAUCCCAA